ACGGAUACCUGAAAGACCACAUAUCACUUGUACCGCUGGCAUUAAGUACAGGGCGCAAAUUGGACAGUGUGAGUUUUCUUUCGAGACUGCUUCCAUAGCGCGCCCGUAUCUCCCUGUGGUCAAGUCUCUCCCUAAUGCGUUGCUAUCAGCGUGUACCCUGCACAGGUGCCAACGCGGCGCGAUGGCGCCUCGCGUUGCCAGCGUGCGCAACUGCGGGAAGGCGGCAAGCUCGGACAGCGCGCGGUGCGGCUGCUGCUGCCGAUGCCGCGGGGGGCGCCGCGCGGCCGAGCGGCCUGCUGCUAGAGGUGGAUGGUGCAGUGAUGGACAUCGCUCUGGACGGACACCGCGUGGCCUUCAACCGCGCCUUUCACUCUAUCGGUAUGGACUGUGUGUCGUGGACGCCGCCCGUGUACAACGACCUGCUGGGCAUCAGCGACGGCACAGGCGAGGGCCUGGUCACAGCCUACUACACCACAGUGGGCUGGCCAAUGAUGCUUGCCACGUCUGACCGCCCUGGGUUCGUGAAGAAGAUCCACCAGCUCAAGGAGAAGGAGUUGGUCAAGCUGCUCCGAAAGGACGAGGUGCCGCUGCGGCAGGACGUCAAGCAGGUGCUGGGCGACGCGGUCGCAGCCGGCGCGGCGGUGAGUCUGCUGUGCGGCACGCAGUGCACGGCGGCUGAGGACCUGGCUGCCAGCUGCAUGCGGCUACUGGGACCGGAGCUGGGCGGCGCCGUGCGCGUGUUCACCUUUGCGCUGGCGCCGCCGGCCGAUGCAGAUGCAGAUGCCGAGGCGUCGACUCCGAUGCUGUCCCAAAUGCUGUCGGCCGCGGCGGGCGACCUGAAGCAGCGCGCGGCCAUGCAGCUGGUCUGCAGUUGGAAGUCGGUCGGCGACGCUGGGGACGACAAGGCGGGAGCGGCUGCGGCCGGUGGCGGCCAGGGGCUGCCGUUUGGCCUUGGCGUGGAUCCGUCCAUCAUGGCCGCGGGCGGCAGUCAGAAGCGCAUCACGCCUGAGUUCCUGUCGGCCCUGAUCGCGACCACUGGCGUGCCCUCCGCCCGCACCGUGGUGGUGGCCGCAAGCAACUCCAUUCUGUCGGCGGGCGAGGCGGCCGGCCUGUUCCCGGUUGUGGUGCCGCGCAAGUUCGCGCUGCAGGGCAGCUUCCCGGCUGCCCGCGCCAAGUUCGAUGGCUUCGGCGCGGGCCUAGCCACAUGGCCCCGACUGUUGGCGCUGCUCAAUGGAGGUGGCAGCGGCGCCACAGGGGGAGCAGGCGGCGGCGGUGGCAAGGCGUACCGCCGGUAGGACAGCGGCCUUGAGUUUGGUUGCGUCCGCCGCGGCGGCACAACGUGCAUGUGAGCCAGUGUCAGUGCAUCGGGCCGUGCCCUCAGUUGGAUGAUUGCCGCCGCAUUUUGUGAGGUGCCGCGGCGGAUCCUGCGAUACUGCACAUAGGGCGGCUCUAACGGAGCUGGAGGCAUGGGGCACGCUUGGCGGUCAUGAAUGAAUGGCGUUGUCCGCGUUGUUCAGGGCCCAGGUCCAAUGGGUGCAGAGCUUGGGAAGUGUACACUAACUAUUGAUGUAUGAUAAGGCAGAUAUGGAAGCAUGAAGGCAUGGGUAACCAAGAUUACACGGCAGCGGUGUGAAGCAUGGUGAGGCGUCUGCCACCUGGUGGGGAAUAUGAAUGACCUUAGAACACUUGAGACAGGGUUUGCCAACGGGCGAUGAGUGGGCGCCCUUCAUGGAGCCCGGGUCACAGCAAGCUUCAGACACAAUGCUUUCGCACAUUUCAUCUAGAGGACGGUGCAGUCCUUCGUCAAAGCUACACGCGCUCCAAAUGGAUAUUCGUUUGGCCUUGGACUCGCUUGGCUGAUGCAGGCGUUGGUGGUGACUGCUGGCUUGAGGCUAUGAGUGAUACACCCUGUGACCCUGUGCCUCCACAGCCUCCACUUGCUCCUUCCAGAGUCCUGAGGCGAGUUACUGACAGACAUGCGGGACAGGAAGAUCCGGCUUGGCU